GCCCCGCCUCCCUCCCUCGAGGCUCACUCGCGCCCAGCGCCUUCGCUCCGAGCGGCCGCGAGCCGAGCCGCCCAGCCCAGUCAGCUGCGCCGGGACGGAUAAAGAGCUCAGACUCAGGCCAGGGCGGGAUGACAUUUAUUGAUUCUAAAGCAUCUUUAAUCUGCCAGACAGAGGGGCCUUUGCUGGUCUGUCUUGGACUAUUGGAGAAAGGACCGCUGGCGUCAAGGAAGUAACAACACAGGAUGCCCCCUGGGGUUGACUGCCCCAUGGAAUUCUGGACCAAGGAGGAGAAUCAGAGCGUCGUGGUUGACUUCCUGCUGCCCACAGGGGUCUACCUGAACUUCCCGGUGUCCCGCAAUGCCAACCUCAGCACCAUCAAGCAGCUGCUAUGGCACCGCGCCCAGUACGAGCCGCUCUUCCACAUGCUCAACGGCCCCGAGGCCUACGUGUUCACCUGCAUCAACCAGACGGCGGAGCAGCAGGAGCUGGAGGACGAGCAGCGGCGGCUGUGCGAUGUGCAGCCCUUCCUGCCCGUCCUGCGCCUGGUGGCCCGCGAGGGCGACCGCGUGAAGAAGCUCAUCAACUCGCAGAUCAGCCUCCUCAUCGGCAAAGGCCUCCAUGAGUUUGACUCCUUGUGCGACCCAGAAGUGAACGACUUUCGCACCAAGAUGUGCCAGUUCUGCGAGGAGGCGGCUGCGUGCCGGCAGCAGCUGGGCUGGGAGGCCUGGCUGCAGUACAGCUUCCCGCUGCAGCUGGAGCCCUCGGCUCGAACCUGGGGGCCCGGCACCCUGCGGCUCCCCAACCGGGCGCUCCUGGUCAAUGUCAAGUUUGAGGGCAGCGAGGAGAGCUUCACCUUCCAGGUGUCCACCAAGGACGUGCCGCUGGCGCUGAUGGCCUGUGCCCUGCGGAAGAAGGCCACGGUGUUCCGGCAGCCGCUGGUGGAGCAGCCAGAAGACUACACGCUGCAGGUGAACGGCAGGCAUGAGUACCUGUACGGCAGCUACCCGCUCUGCCAGUUCCAGUACAUCUGCAGCUGCCUGCACAGUGGGCUGACCCCUCACCUGACCAUGGUUCACUUCUCCUCCAUCCUCGCCAUGCGCGAUGAGCAGAGCAACCCCGCCCCCCAGGUCCAGAAGCCUCGCGCCAAGCCACCUCCCAUUCCUGCGAAGAAGCCCUCCUCUGUGUCCCUGUGGUCCCUGGACCAGCCGUUCUGCAUCGAGCUCAUCCAGGGCAGCAAAGUGAACGCCGACGAGCGGAUGAAGCUGGUGGUGCAGGCCGGGCUUUUCCACGGUAAUGAGAUGCUGUGCAAGACGGUGUCCAGCUCGGAGGUGAGCGUGUGCUCGGAGCCCGUGUGGAAGCAGCGGCUGGAGUUUGACAUCAGCAUCAGCGACCUGCCCCGCAUGGCCCGUCUCUGCUUUGCGCUAUAUGCCGUGAUUGAGAAAGCCAAGAAGGCUCGCUCCACCAAGAAGAAGUCCAAGAAGGCGGACUGCCCCAUUGCCUGGGCCAACCUCAUGCUAUUUGACUACAAGGACCAGCUUAAGACUGGGGAACGCUGCCUCCACAUGUGGCCCUCUGUCCCAGACGAGAAGGGGGAGCUGCUGAACCCCACUGGCACAGUGCGCAGUAACCCCAACACAGACAGUGCCGCCGCCCUGCUCAUCUGCCUGCCUGAGGUGGCCCCGUACCCCGUGUACUACCCGCCCCUGGAGAAGAUCUUGGAGCUGGGGCGGCACAGCGAGUGCGUUCGUGUCACGGAGGAGGAGCAGCUGCAGCUGCGGGAAAUCCUGGAGCGGCGGGGGUGUGGGGAGCUGUAUGAGCACGAGAAGGACCUGCUGUGGAAGCUGCGGCAUGAAGUCCAGGAGCACUUCCCGGAGGCGCUAGCCCGGCUGCUGCUGGUCACCAAGUGGAACAAGCAUGAAGAUGUGGCCCAGAUGCUGUACCUGCUCUGUUCCUGGCCAGAACUGCCCGUCCUGGGCGCCCUAGAGCUGCUGGACUUCAGCUUCCCUGAUUGCCACGUGGGCUCCUUCGCCAUCAAGUCCCUGCGGAAACUGACGGACGACGAGCUGUUCCAGUACCUGCUGCAGCUGGUGCAGGUGCUCAAGUACGAGUCCUACCUGGACUGUGAGCUGACCAAAUUCCUGCUGGACCGGGCCCUGGCCAACCGCAAGAUCGGCCACUUCCUUUUCUGGCACCUCCGCUCCGAGAUGCACGUGCCCUCGGUGGCCCUGCGCUUUGGCCUCAUCCUGGAGGCCUACUGCAGGGGCAGCACCCACCACAUGAAGGUGCUGAUGAAGCAGGGGGAAGCGCUGAGCAAGCUGAAGGCCCUGAAUGAUUUUGUCAAGUUGAGCUCUCAGAAGACCCCCAAGCCCCAGACCAAGGAGCUGAUGCACCUGUGCAUGCGGCAGGAGGCCUACCUGGAGGCCCUCUCCCACCUGCAGUCCCCUCUCGACCCCAGCACCCUGCUGGCUGAAGUCUGUGUGGAGCAGUGCACCUUCAUGGACUCCAAGAUGAAGCCGCUGUGGAUCAUGUAUAGCAACGAGGAGGCCGGCAGCAGCGGCAGCGUGGGCAUCAUCUUUAAGAAUGGGGACGACCUCCGGCAGGACAUGCUGACCCUGCAGAUGAUCCAGCUCAUGGACGUCCUGUGGAAGCAGGAGGGGCUGGACCUGAGGAUGACCCCCUAUGGCUGCCUCCCCACCGGGGACCGCACCGGCCUCAUUGAGGUGGUCCUCCGCUCGGACACCAUCGCCAACAUCCAACUCAACAAGAGCAACAUGGCAGCCACAGCUGCCUUCAACAAGGACGCCCUGCUCAACUGGCUGAAGUCCAAGAACCCGGGGGAGGCCCUGGAUCGAGCCAUCGAGGAGUUCACACUCUCCUGUGCUGGCUACUGUGUGGCCACGUACGUGCUGGGCAUCGGUGAUCGACACAGUGACAACAUCAUGAUCCGAGAGAGUGGGCAGCUGUUCCACAUUGAUUUUGGCCACUUUCUGGGGAAUUUCAAGACCAAGUUUGGAAUCAACCGUGAGCGUGUCCCGUUCAUCCUCACCUAUGACUUUGUCCAUGUGAUUCAGCAGGGGAAGACUAACAAUAGUGAGAAAUUUGAAAGGUUCCGGGGCUACUGUGAAAGGGCUUACACCAUCCUGCGGCGCCACGGGCUUCUCUUCCUCCACCUCUUUGCCCUGAUGCGGGCGGCAGGCCUGCCUGAGCUCAGCUGCUCCAAAGACAUCCAGUAUCUCAAGGACUCCCUGGCACUAGGGAAAACAGAGGAGGAGGCGCUGAAGCACUUUCGAGUGAAGUUUAACGAGGCCCUCCGCGAAAGCUGGAAAACCAAAGUGAACUGGCUGGCCCACAACGUGUCCAAAGACAACAGGCAGUAGGGCUCCUCCCACCUCUGGGCCCCAGAGUAGGCGGCCUUGGGCCGUGGGGACCAGGCACCUUGGUUGUCCUAGAUGGGCUGAAGAGCCUGAACUGCACCUCGUGGGAAAGAACCUACACAACUGCCUUUUGUUUACACUGGUUAUUUAUUUAUGACUUGACGUUUUUAAGGAACUAAACAGCCAUAAAUGGAAAACGCCUCCUUCGCACAGCGGCGGCACUGGGCCCCUGGAGGCUGCACCUUGCUCUCGGCUGAGGACUGUCACUCCAAGUCUUCCAGCUGGUGGAUCUGGGCCCAGCAGACUGUCGUCCUCCGGGGGGAUCCUUCUUCCCAGGCCUUCCCUCCAGACUGCCUGGGUCCUGGCGGUCACCUGGUGCCUACUGUCCGACAGGACGCCCCGAUUCUCCUCGGCUCAUGCAACCCACGCUGUGUGUCCUAGAUGGAGUUCUGGCAGCUCCCCGAGGUGGCCAGAGUACCCUCUAGAUUCAGGGAGGCUUGCUCUCCGCUUUUCAAGUGGGUCUUGGGUACGAGAAUUCCCUCACCUCUCUACUGUAAAGCAAUUUUGUUUGCAGGUAAGAAAAUAAUAGACAACUCACCAAACCUCUAUGGCUGGGGAACUCGGGCCCGGCCCUAUAAAGCAGAAUAUAUGCUGGUCCUCAGGGCAUGUGAAAGAGAUCUGGGCCUCGUGUAGCUCACCCUGGUCAUGCGUGAAGGCAAAAGCAGGUCAGAGGCAAACACUCUGCCAUUCUC